GCACCAUUUUUUUCUCUCUUAUUCUAUGUUCCCAACAUAGGUUAAACUAACCUAAAAACUAUGCUAAAAACACCAAAAAAUAAAAGUUUGGAUGUUGAACGCGUUUAUUGAUUUUGUGACAUGAAUGCCGAUGUGGCCCCCACUUUGUAAUUUUCUCACGAGUUGAUGACCCAACUGGCGUGAAAUAUUUCACCCCGAUUUUCCAAAAUGCUGAGCGUCCGCGUGAGUGCCUUCAAUGAAAACGGUCUCGGAGAGCCCGAGCAAGACGCCAAUUCGGCUUUAACCGAGCUUGACAAAGGGCUCCGGUCCGGUAAAGUGGGCGAGCAAUGCGAAGCAAUUGUUCGUUUUCCAAAGUUAUUCGAAAAAUAUCCUUUCCCCAUCCUCAUCAAUGCGUCAUUACUGAAAUUAGCGGAAGUUUUUCGCAUGGGUAACAAUUUCCUAAGACUGUGCGUGUUGCGUGUGUGCCAACAAAGCGAAAAACAUCUAGAUAAGAUUUCGAGUGUUGAUGAGUUCGUUAGAAGGAUUUACAGUGUGAUUCAUAGUAAUGACCCUAUUGCUCGUGCUGUGACGCUGAGGACGUUUGGGGCCGUGGCUGCCAUCAUUCCGGAGCGACAGCAAGUGCACCACAGUAUUAGAAGCAGUCUAGAUUCUCACGAUAAUGUGGAAGUCCAAGCUGCAAUUUACGCCGCUAUUCAGUUUGCCGCCCAAUCAAAAACAUUCGCCGUAAGCAUGUGCAACAAAGUCUCUGACAUGAUCCAAGGCCAGUCAACGCCUGCCAGCAUGAAAUUACAAUUAAUCCCAAUUUUACAAUACAUGCACCAUGAUACCAACACGGCUGCGAUGGUGAGGACACUCUGUAUCGAUUUACUGCCAAGUUAUCCAGCCAAAGACUUCGUUUUGGUCACUCUAAACACACUUACCCAGUUGGCAACGGCGACUCUAGUUGACGUCCCGAGUCAAGUCAAUUUACUGUUGCAAUAUUUACGCAAAGACUUGGGGAGUGAAGUCAAGUCGAGAUGUUUGCAAUUUUUGUACCAGUUCGCCAAACCGGGGGCUCAUUUGUGGCCCCCGGGGGCCACCAACAAUAUCAUAGAUUUUACUUUACACACGCAUCAAGCCCGGUUAUUAACCCUGGCUCUUGGUGUGAUUCAAGUCUUGACUGAAUCGCCCCGAAUGUGUCAUGAUUAUCGCGACAGCAAUUCAAAAUUGAGAGAAUUGUGUAUGAAACAUUGUUAUUCGUCACAGCCUACAGUCGCAGUGCAAGCUAUACAAAUUUUGACACAACUUUUAUGCUACUGUCGUAUUUUUAGCUACAAGGAGAAACUGGAGACUGAAAGAGCGGACGAAGUGAUUUCGGCCCUCGAAACUUUAAUUUUGCUUUUGACUUUUUCGAACGACAAACACCCAAAACAGCUCAAGCUGGCACUGAAAUGUGCUGUUCGACUGUGCGAAGCGCGGAGAGAAUAUUGCGAGACGUUUGUGGAACUGCUCGGCACUCGCCUCGACAACAUACACAACGACUGUACCAUCGUCAUCUGUGAGACUUUGGGGGCUAUUGGGGGCCUCAAACCCGACACUUUACUCUCGCUUCUCGCCAGUAUUCUCAACUUAUUGCGCGCUUUAUCCGAAAUCGACCAACCAACGGAGCAACAAACGCGCAUCAAAAUCAUGCUUUGUACGCUGGUUUUCCAAAGCAUGUCUGACUACACCUGGAACGAAGAAACCGAAAGUGCGAUUUUUUGCGUUAUUGAAAAUAACAAUCUGUGGGCGAAUUAUUGCAUAGCGCGGGCUGCGGUCAGAUACGGCCACCACAAAAUCGCAAAUACGAUUUUCAACCAACUGACGGAACAAGUCAGUUCUGAACAUUUCCAUUUCUGGUUGGUUUGUUUGAAGGAAAUGUCGGAAGCCGAGUCGUUUUUACUCACUUCGGACGAUAGUUUGGUAAAUCGCUUGGAACGGGCGAUCAUACAUUACAAUAAAGCCAUCGCGGCUUUGAAGGCGGCUAGUACCCCCUCACAUAAUUUACAAUUCCAAGCGGAGUAUAUGCGAAUCCGUACAGAGUUUCUCCAGUCUUUGAUCCAACUCAUUUAUACUUGCAACACCCUGUGUAUAGUCCCGCCGCCUGCGAUUGCCGCUACUAUCGUCCAAAACACGCGAGAUGAGUAUCAAAGACACGGAUAUAUCACGAAUCAGUUGAGAAAGUGUGUGAAAGAGUUUAAAAAUUGUGGCGACCUCUACUGGAAGCUGUACCAAACUGCGUUCGACGCUGACCCUGCCACCUUAGAAAAUAUGCAAAUUUUGCAACAAAUGUGUGUGCUUGUGGAGCAAAGCGUGGAAAGUAUUUGUGUCAACGGAUCAAAAAUCCGUGACGAUCCGAUUGAAUUCGGAUCGCGUGAAACACGUCUCGAAUCGCAACAGUUGACAAAAGCUUGUUGCAAUGCUUUAACAGUUGCGCACGCUCUUGAUGAUGGCUCUUCAAUGACUACAAUAACGCACCGGCACAUUGAGUUGUUGAAGAAAAUCUGCGAAGUGUUGUCAAAUGCUUCGUUGCCUAUUCCACGGUAUUUCUUCCAAGUUUUGCAAUGUACCAGCGUCAAGUUGGCCAUUUCACCCCAACCUCGCGUCAUGGGUGAAUUCAUAAGUGUCCAAGCCAAUUCCCAGUUGGCUGUGAAAGUCGAAGGGGUGAUUCAACACGGCAUGAAACCGGGGCUUUUCCGCAAAAUCGAGGAGGUCAUAGUCACUGUGACCUCGCAGAUACAGAACAAUUCCAAAAGCAAGGAUUUGGAUAAGAAUUUGGAGCAAGUGGCGGUGCUGACGCAGUCCGUGACACCUCACAAGGACUUUUUCACGGCGCAGUUUCUGCUGGCGUUCCCCAAAGGCGGCCAGUACUUGCUGGCCGUCGAGGCGUCAGUCGUUGACGAAGAAAAUAACACUUGGAAGACCGGUCCUAGGUCAACCUUGACCGUGAAAGUGCCCGAAGAGGCAAAAUUAACACCGAUUUCGGUGCCGGGCAUGGCGUCAAAUGCCAAUGUAAUUUUGAUGCCUGAGGAUAACCUUUUUCUAAGACCUCAUCAGAAAAAACCCUAAGUAAGUAAUUAUUUAUUUUGGCGCAAUUUUGUAACAAUAAACAGUAACAAACGA